UCAUAUCCACGUGACUGCAACACAAGUGAGUGAGACUGGUGUACAUAUUGCGAUGUACCAUCUUUGAGGCAUGCUGUAGAGUGCCAGGCUACCAACCUCAAAUUGACACGGCGUGAAUGUGAUGCACUUGACCAGUCAACCUUGGAGGAAGAAGAUGAGGAAGUGGAUGAUGAAAGGCCACUUCAUUAAUUGGUUGUGACAAGGAUGGGCUGGACAGCCAUGUUCUGUUGUUAGAAUAAUAGCAAUACAUGAAACGUAUCCCCCAAAGUGUGUAAAUGUGUUUGUCAGUGAACCAGCAAUAUGAUUGAGCGUUGGGGAAAUGAAAGGAUGAUAAAUUCCGAUAAAUAUCGUGCAACAGCUGUGUACCGCGUCCGUACAACUAGCUAAAUUAACUACAAGUACAUGGGUCAUGAUGACUUACGAAUUUGAUACACGAAUCAAAUAUGGGGUGAAUACAUUUUACUGACUCCUCCUUCACGAUGGCAGUUUUGGAAAAGGCUUUUGACAAUCUGUAUGAUGAACUGGUGUCUCGUCUUGAUCCAACUGAGUAUGUUCUGGACUUUCUAUAUGAAAGAAGCUGUUUGACGGAUCUUGUUUAUGAACGCAUACACGAAUUCAAGGACAGGAAGGAACAAUCCAAACAGUUGUUGGAUGUAGUGAAAAGGAAAGAACAUAUUCCUGAAUUCAUAGAGGCGCUGUCAUAUGAAAACAGCCACACAAAGCUGGCCAUGAAGAUGAAAAAUGAAAUUGAACGGUUAGAAACAUUCAGAGGAAGAUAUGACUAUAGUGGAGACAAUAAAGUCCUGCCUGAUAAUCACUUGGCCUAUGAAGUUGGUAGGGAAGGUGUGGAGCUGACUGAAGGUGUCCCCUCAACAGAAAUGGAUGUCACCUUAAUGUGUGAGAAGGUGUUGCCCUGUAGGAAGCAAAUAUAUGGAGAGCAACAUAAAUACGUUGUCGAUAAAGGUCUGGCUAGUAUACACAUGGAAUUGGAAGUCAGUUUGGAGGGUGGUGAAGAGACAGACAGUGUCACUUUAAGAGAAUGUUCUGAAAUGGAUGUCACGACUACUUCUGAAGAGGGACUCCUCUCUCUUCCGAAGCAUCCUUCAAGAACUGAUAUCAUGACAGGGAAGCAUAUUACUCUCACUAAUAUCAAUUUCAAACUAAGAAUAUUGUCAAGCGACGGAAAGAGUCACAGUGGGCGUCUCCAGUUUGAUGAGGUUGUGACUUGGAUGAGAUGCAACUACCGAAAUGAUCCCGAUGUACUGUUUCAUAUGUUGGACGCUGAAACCGCCAGACUGAGAGUCUUUCAUCAGAACCAUGUGGACCAAACCGACACGCUGUCUCUAAUGAACGACCUGGUCAACCGUCUUACACACCCACAUGCAGGUCAGAUGAUGUUAAAUGCACGGAGAGCGUCAGUAUUGGCCAUGCAAGGGAAUCUGAUUCAGGCUCUACAUUUGAUCCGAUCUACUCGGUCCCAAGCAGAGUUGAUCCAACCUUGCAAAGACACCGGCGCAGUUGUCUACAUUGAAACAAACCUGCUUCUUCAGUGGUAUGAAAUUCAUCCGAGUGAGGAAAUAAAACAACACCUCAUUAACAAUUGUAAUGAAGCAAUUGAUGUCCAUUUCGCCAAUGCCGCAUCUCAUAUCAAAGAGGACUACACCCAAAUGUUCCUUCUGAAAAUGGCUUUUUCUUUUCUUGGGAUAGGUUGUUUCCUGGGACUUGUACCAUGUCAAGUCAGCUCAGGAGAUAUCCAAAAUGCAGAACAGUGUUUGAGACAUGUUGAUACCAAGGGUCUGUACAACCGACAUUCAAUGUUUCUCUGUUUUGCCAGGGCAGUCAUCAGUUACCAUGGAGAUGACAUGCCGACUGCAUAUGGAUUUGCCAAAGAGGCAAACUUGAUUGCAGAGACUUGUGGUUUUAACACAGAAAAUGAAUGUGUGAAAAAGUUUAUGGUCCUUUUGUGUAGCAAGUACAGUAAAUUGAUAGGGGCACCUGAUCGUGAUACCAAUGGUGUAGAUACCUUUGCAGUGAUUUUACCUCAAGUUCCUGAAAUUCCUGCAUUGGGCCCUGGUGCCAGGAAUCUUCAGACAUAUCAGCGAGACAUCAGACCUGAUAUACAUCAAGAUCUUGUGCUUCUGGAAAUGACAGUCAGUUCAAGGAUGUGAACAGAUGGUGAAUGUUGAUAUCGACAGUACCAUAGAACCGAAUACAAGUUUCUUUUCUUUGUUUUUGUUAAAGCGAUGGUCUUACGUGACCUUAACUAAGCUCAUAUUCCAACAAUGAAUGUCAGAUCAGUGCAUAUGUGUUUGUCCACCUUCCGCCAAUGAGCACCAUAUCAACAGAUCCUCCAUGUACAAUCUAAUCAUUAUUAUUAGAAAAACGUUACUACCUCAGCAGUGGAUUUACCUGAUACCUCGGAGCCGCAUCUCUCAUCAAAUUCGUUAUUACAAUGAUGUAAACAUUCAACAUGUCUUGUUAUUUGGUGUCACAAACAGUCAAUUGAAUUUCACAGCACUGAUUGUCUUACUGACUGACUGAGUUUGGUUUUACGCCGCUUUUAGCAAUAUUCCAGCAACAUCACGGCAUGGGACACAAGAAAUGGAUUGUCUUACUGUACUUGUAUAGAGAUUAGUGAUAUUAAUUAUAUACAUCUAAUUAGGUA